AAGGAUGGGGGGCUGUCCCAGACUUUUGCGCACUGACAUGGGAACCGAGAAUGUGGUCUUGAGAGACAUGCAGGUGUACUUGAGACGGAAUGAUGAAGACAAUAGAGCAGGACAAUCAAGUUUUUUAACAGGAGAAAGCACUGCUAACCAAAGAAUAGAAAGUUGGUGGGGAGUGAUGAGAAGACAAGGAAUUGAACACUGGAUCCAGAUGUUUAGCGAGCUGAAGGAUGAAGGUCUUUUCACAGGGGACUAUCUGGACAAGGCGUUAAUCCAGCUGUGUUUCAUGGGACCCAUUAAGGACGAGUUAAACAGCAUCAUGAACAUCUGGAACGCACAUCGCAUCCGCCCCUCUACAAACGCGAGUGUGCCGUCUGGCAUACCUGAUCUGAUGUAUGUGGCAUCACAUUUGUGGGGAGCUGAUGAUCUUCUCGUGCCUGUUAAUGCAGACGAUUUAGCUGUAUGUAAGGAAAACUGCACAUUCUUAAGUUCUGUUCCAUGCGAUCCUGAAAUAUUUGAUUUUUGCGCAAAUGUGAUGUUGGAGAGGGGAUUGGAGUUUUCUUCAAACUGUCCACAGGCACAGGAAUUGUACAUUACUUUGAGGGACUUUGUUCGUCCACUACUAAUUGAGUAGGUGGCUGUAGAGAGAGACAAACAUCUCUUUCACCUGUGUUUACAGCAAAUCUGAAGAAAAUUAGCCUAGGAUCUGAAUCUAUUUAUUUUGAACACAUAAUGUAUCCCCCAGCUUAAAUACAGUAAUAAAAAGCACAGUACACAUAAGAUGACUUCUGCAAAAACAACAUUUAUUGUUUAAAACGCACUGCUUUUCAGUUGAACAAGUAACAGUUCCUCAUCAUGACAAGGAAUACAGGGCAUACUAAAUAUAUAAAGAACCCUGUUAAAAAUGUUUGCUCUUAAUUGAAAAAAACAUCUGCCCAUAUGUAAAACAUUGCACAUGGUUCAGAAAAAAAAAAAAUUUUUAGGCAUAAUAAAACAAAAUAAGAUUUGUUGUUUCUUUACUAGACUAAAACCUGUAAAUGUGUUAUUCACAACUGCUUGUUUUAAACACUUGUGCAAGAACUUAAGAAAGUUGACACCUGUUUUAUCCAGGAAUGUUUACAAAAUGUGUCAUUCAAAAAUAAAAUGUUUUGCACAUAUUCAGUUUA